AUGGUAGUAGGAAACUAUCAACUCUACUUAUACGCACCAUCCCUCGCCGCCGCCAUCGCAGCAACAGCCUGCUUUGCACUCAUCACAACAUGUCACAUAAUCCACUACAUCGCCCAGCAAACAUGGUCCUUCACACCAUUCGUCAUUGGAGGCAUAUUCGAAACAAUCGGCUACAUACGCCGAAUCCUCAACAGCCAACAAACCCCCAACUGGAGCACAGGACCCUACAUCAUGCAAGAGCUUCUUCUCCUCGUCGCCCCCUCCCUCUUCGCAGCCUCCAUCUACAUGAUCCUCGGCCGCAUCAUCCUUGCCACAAAAGGCGACUCCCGAUCCCUCAUCCCCGGACGCUGGAUAACCCGCAUCUUCGUAAUCGGGGACAUCAUUGCCUUUAUAGCCCAAACCGGCGGCGGCGGCAUCCUCUCGCAAGCGACAACGCCCUCCCGAGAACGACUCGGCAAUUGGGUCAUCAUCGGGGGUCUUUUUGUCCAGAUCGGUUUCUUUGUGUUGUUUAUCUUUGUCUCGGGGGGGUUUCAUCUUCGGAUGAGGAAGUAUCCGACGCGACAGGCGCGGAAAACUCGUGUUCCGUGGGAUCGGUUCCUGGGCGUGUUGUAUAUCACGAAUGGGUUGAUUUGGCGCGUUCGGUGUUUAGGGUAG